CAUUUCCGCGUUGACUGAUCACCCUCCUCUUUCCCACCCUUCCCUUCCCCAUCGGUUUGAAUCCAAUUCACACUCCAAACCAUUUCCGUCCCCCUCCUGCUUCUACUUCUUCUCACUUCCUUUGAAAUUUUCCAUGGAGCAUCACCGCCGCCACCUCGACCGACGCCUAAAUCCUUAUCGAUCAGUAGCAGCACCACAGGACCACCCUGCAGACGACAGCGGUGGUGUCGGUGUCGACCAGCGGUUCUCUCAGUGGAGCCACGAGGAGACGAGGGAGUUGCUCUCCGCCCGAGCUCAGCUCGACAAGAGUUUCUCCGAGACGAAGCGCAACAAGCCGCUGUGGGAGGCCACCUCCUCUUUGCUCCUCCUCAAGGGCUUCUCCCGCACCCCCGACCAGUGCAAGUCCAAGUGGAAGAACCUCGUCGCUCGCUUCAAGGGGAGCGAGUCGUUGAUGGAAGGCGAGAAGCAACAGUUCCCUUUCUACGAGGAGAUGAGGAGGAUACUCUCCGACCGGGCGGCGACGCAGUCGGAGAAGGGGAAGCGGCCGGUGCAAGUGAAGGAGUUGGAAGAGGAGGAGAGCGGGAAGGCGGGGAAGAAGAAGCGGAAGCUUGAUGAUAAAGUCGUCGUAGGGAGGAAGUCGAUGGCGAUCAACGCUCCUGCCAUGCGGGAGUUCAUGCGGCGGCUGAUGGAGACAGAGGCGCGGUGGCUGGAGGCGGCCGAGUCGCGGGAGUCGGCUCGGCAGGCCGAGGAGGAGGAGUGGCGGCGGUUGAUGCAGGCACUGUGGGCCGAGCGAGCAGAGAUGGAGCGUCGGUGGCAGGCGAGCGAGGAGGAGCGCCGAACCAGAGAGGAGGUACGAGCUGAGCGCCGCCACCAGCUCAUACUGGCGCUCCUCGACAAGCUCAUCGCUCAAAAAAGAUUACCUAAAGAUCCCCACCAAUGAAUUAAACUUCUCACCACACACGCCCCCUCGGUCCAUCCUCCGCACUCUGCAGUGCCUACUUCCUCUGUCUUCUAGGAAGCUCAAUGAAAAGUAAUCCCAGAUCCUAAUCUCUUUAUUCUUUUAAAAUUUGGUUGGAAUUAAUGGCUAAGUCUUGAUGACCUGGAGUCGACGGCUACCCCGCCAAGCAAUGACACCACAGGUUGCUUGUAAAGAGGAGAGCUUUAGCCAUGAGACUACAGUCGGGCCUGCUGAUGGAAUUGGAUUGAGGGAGGCACCCUCCGCAAUGUGCCCAUAGAGAGUAGUCGCAAUUUGCCUAUCCUGAACUAAUAUCAUAGCUCUGCCUUGGCCCAAUGCGAGGUCGUCUCGUGCGGUCCGAGGUCGCCUUGGACGACUGUGGUUACUUGCAUGGAAUUGUAUUUUUUUUUUCUUCCUUAAUCUUUCUUUUUUAUUUUUCUUUCUGAAGAUUUUUUUUUCUUGCCUUUCUCUAGGAUUUUUUUUUUUUUACUUUGAAUUUCUUUUCUUCUCCAUUCCAGAGUAAAGUUGAAUAAUUGCUUGGAGCCUUGAGACUCUCUCUCUA